CAGACGCGAUCGCAGGCCGCCGGAAGCAAAGGCGUGAGCGCGCGUGCGUGCGUGAGCGUGAGCGCGCGUAGGUCGGAAGCGGGCGCUGCGCCGCCGGGCGGUCACGAGCCAUGGAGGGUCGCUCCUCAGACCGCGGAGCGUCGCCCGAGGGACCCGCGGAAGAGGCCGAGCCGCAGUGCGCCGCCUGGAGCGGGGACAGCGGCACCGUGUCCCAAAGCCACAGCAGCGCCUCGGGGCCGUGGGAGGAUGAGGGCGCGGAGGACGGCGCGCCGGGCCGCGACCUGCCGCUGCUGCGCCGCGCCGCCGCGGGGUAUGCCGCCUGCCUGCUGCCCGGAGCCGGCGCGCGGCCCGAGGUCGAGGCCCUGGACGCGAGCCUGGAGGACCUGCUCACUAGAGUGGACGAGUUCGUGGGCAUGCUGGACAUGCUGCGCGGCGACUCGUCCCACGUCGUCAGCGAGGGAGUGCCGCGCAUCCACGCGAAGGCCGCCGAGAUGCGGCGCAUCUACAGCCGGAUCGACCGGCUGGAGGCCUUCGUGAGGAUGGUGGGCGGCCGCGUGGCCAGGAUGGAGGAGCAGGUCACCAAGGCCGAGGCCGAGCUGGGCGCCUUCCCCAGGGCGUUCAAGAAGCUCCUGCACACGAUGAGCGUGCCCUCGCUCUUUAGCAAGUCGUCUCCCUCGAGGCCGCAGCAAGCCGGCUACGAAGCCCCCGUCCUGUUUCGGACUGAAGACUACUUCCCUUGCAGUGAGAUGCCUCGGCUCUGACGCCUGACCGCUGCGGCCAGAGGACCCAGCUCGGGGCCCACCUGCAGCGUGAAGCGAAUUGCAGAUCCUGCUCAUGGACAUACGUGAUGUUGGAGUCUGCAGUUUUAAAAUGUACCAUGUGCAGACUCUUCUUAGUAUAUCCAUGAUUCCCUGUAGAAUGUAUAGACGUUUUAUGUCUUCCAGUUAAAAAAGGAGAGAGAGACGGGGUCUUGCUGUGUUACCCUGGAACUGGCCGGGAACUCCUGGGCUCAAGUGAUCCUCCCGCCGUAGCCUCCCCAGUAGCUGAAACUACAGGGCCGGCACCGCGCCCGACCUGGGUCUUCCAACAGGAAUCAGAGCUGCUUGGCGACGGCAUGGGGAAUCAGUGGACUUUUCUGUGCACUGUGGCAAAACUGUUAUUUUUAUGGAUUUUACUACAAGGCAUUACCUUUUCAAGAUUUAUAUGUUUGUAUAAUCAUAAGAAAAUGAAGCCAUUAAAGCCUUGUUAUUACUCAGUCCUAAUAGUCA